AUGCCGGGUGAACAAAUCCUGGAAGAACUCCUCCAAUUAUCCCAGCGUGGCGUCACCAUCCGAAUAGCUGUCAGCCGCCCGUCGGCAAGAUCACCUCUGAAUGAUCUCCAAGCACUGGAGCGGAGUGGUGCUGCGGUGCGCACUGUUGAUAUGCCACGGCUCACUGGCGGCGUGCUGCACACCAAGUUUUGGCUCGUUGAUGGCACCCACCUCUACGUUGGGAGCGCCAACAUGGACUGGAGGUCUUUGACCCAGGUGAAGGAGCUUGGCGCUGCCGUCUACAACUGCAGCUGCUUGGCCAAAGAUUUAGGCAAAAUUUUUGAAGCUUAUUGGGCUCUUGGUGUUCCCGGUGCUUCCAUCCCGGUACCGUGGCCGGCAAAUUAUUCCACCACCUUCAACAUGGAGACGCCAUUGGAACUGAAGCUCAACGACACCGAUGCUGCCGUCUACUUCUCGAGCUCCCCGCCGGCUCUCUGCGCCACUGGUCGGACCCAGGAUCUUGGUGCCCUCCUCAGUGUCAUCGAUGCCGCUGAGGACUUCGUGGACAUCGCAGUGAUGAGCUACCUGCCCACCACCGAAUUCUCCCACCCCCAAAGAUUUUGGCCAGCAAUUGAUAACCGGCUGCGGAAAGCCGUCUUUGAACGCCGGGUCAAGGUUCGGUUGUUGGCGGGUUGUUGGCGACACAGCCAAGUGACCAUGUUCCCCUUCCUCAAAUCCCUUGCCGCCGUCGCCGAUAAUAGGACCCGCUACAGCGUGGAGGUGCGGCUUUUCAUGGUGCCGGCGAGUGCGGCGCAAGCCCAGAUUCCCUACGCCCGGGUGAACCACAACAAGUACAUGGUGACGGAGAAGGUGGCGUAUAUCGGGAAAUCCAACUGGUCUGGUGACUACUUCGUGCAGACAGCGGGAUCGGCGCUGGUGGUGAACGAGACAGUGAGCCAAACCAGUGCCAGCACUGCUGCCAGCACCAGCACCAUCCGGGAGCAGCUGCAGGCAGUUUUUGAGCGGGAUUGGAGCUCCCAGUACAGUGCCGACAUCAGCGAUGCAGAGCGGGUGGGAGACCGUCUGCGGCUCCCGUUAGGUGCCGGGGAACAGACCACGAGUAGUAACCACAGGUUCUGGCUGUACUGAAUCUGGCUGCCCCGCUCCAAUUUGGGGAAAAAAAACAGAAAAAAAAGAGUUUUUCUGGA